UGUGCGCCUCCUGGCUGUGGGGGUGUCUGGUCGCGGACCCUCACACUCACGGACUCAGUGCGGGAGAAGCGGAGCAGAGCGCAGCGCUGCGCGUCGGACAGGAGGAGCUGGAUAAAGCGCACCAGCGGCACGGCGCAUGUAUCCGCUCAUUUUCUCCCCAUUCUUGGUUUCCGCUGCGUCUCGUCUCGUCUGUAUCGGAUGCUGGGUGCAAUCCAUCCCCGCGUCAACAACACACCUCUGACGGACAAACCAUGGACAGUCUAGGCAGCCGCUGUAAGAUCGUGGUGGUGGGGGACACGCAGUGUGGGAAGACCGCUCUCCUGCACGUUUUUGCCAAGGACUGUUAUCCAGAGAACUACGUCCCCACUGUGUUUGAAAACUACACGGCCAGCUUCGAGAUAGACAAGCAGCGGAUUGAGCUGAAUAUGUGGGACACGUCAGCCCCUUGGCAGGAUGACGACAUCGUUGCACCUGCUGUUCACAAGCCUGAAUGUCUGCACCAAGCUGAGAACCCUGAGCAUUGCUCUCGCUAUUUUGCCUUACCGGCCCAGGGCAAUAACUGACUAAACAAAACCGGUUUUGAU